AGCCGUUUUGGCUAAGCCGCUCGAGAAGCCGGCGACGGCGACAUGCCGUACCCCACGCCAGGGUUUGUCGUCAAGCAGACAUUUCUCGAGCUCGAAGACGACGAGGUUGCCGAGAAUGAGGACCCCGCGCCGCUCCCGCGCAUGGGCCGCUCCCACUCGGACACCGACCUGGCCCAGUGGCCCGGCAGGCCCAGCAGGUUCGGAUCCGAGGACAUGCGGCGCUACUGGCAGGAGUACCUGGCCCAGGAGCAGGGCGCGGCGGAGGCCGAGACGCCGCCCGCGACCCCGCCGGCCAGCGCCCCGCGCGCCGCGGGCGAGCUCGCCCUCGGCCGGGCGCUGGCCGGCAGGCUCCGCCGGCUGCGCGCGCGGGGCGCGGCGGGGCGCCGCGGCCGCGCGGCGGCGGCGGAGGUCGCGCCCGGCUGGGCCGCCACGCCGUCCUCCGCCAGCGGCGGCACGGACUGCAGCGCCGCGCGGGAGCGCUGCGCCGCGGGGGCGGGCCGGGGCGAGGCGCAGGCCGCGCCCGGCUGGGGCGCCACGCCCUCGGCCUCGAGCGGCGGGGCGUCCGGCGCAGAGGCCUCGGCGGCGCGGACCACCAUCAGCGGCUGCGGGAGCUGCCGAGGGACUGCACGCGGCUGAUGCUGAGGGAAGUGCUGGACACGCAGGGCUUCGCGGGCUGCUACGACUUCAUCUAUCUGCCCCUGGACCUGCGGACGCGCACGGGCUGCGGCCACGCGCUGGUGAACCUCCGGAGCCACGCAGAGGCGCUGCGGGCCCUGGAGCUCUUCGGCGGCUUCGCGUCGUGGGGGGCCGCGGGGGGGGGCCGUGCCUGCGAGGCCACCUGGAGCCAGUACUGCCAGGGCCUCGGCGAGCUGGUGGAGCGCUACAGGAACAGCCCGAUCAUGCACUCGGAGGUCCCCGACAUCUACAAGCCGGCGAUGUUCUGUGGUCAGGCGCAGGUGCCGUUCCCGGCGCCGACGCGGCGCCUGCGGAUGCCCCGGCUCCGGCGGCAGGGCCAGCGGCCCGCCGCCCCGCCGGCCGCGCUGGACGCGCCCGCCGCGGCGGGGGCGGCCAGCGGCAGCGCGGCCGGCCUCGCCCCAGGGCCUCCGACCGUCGCGGCUGCUUCGCAGCCCGCCCCCCGCAGCGCCCAGCUGCAGAGGCAGGCAGCAACGAGAGGCCGCUGCCCGCCCACAGGACCUCCCACAGCAGCGCCUGGGCCAAGGAGCAGGAGCUUCCUGUCCUACCGCAGGCUGUGCCCACGCGGCCAGUGCAGCUCCAGGAGGAGACCGACACCCCCGUUCCGACCGUGGUUACGUAG